AUGUUCAAACGAGUUCUUGUUGAUCAACGUCCUGAUAUUUCAUAUAAAAAUCAAAGUUACGAUGAUUUAAAAAAUUUAUUGAUUCAACAUGAUUGUAAUUCAAUUUUCUUAGACCUUACAGAUGAACAAUGUGUUUUUUAUAAUGUCCCAAUAAUUGUUCCAUAUGUAUUCAAUUUUCAAUCACUAAAACAUAGUAUUAAAACUUUUAAUGAAGUUAGUUUACACAAAUAUUCUAUGUUUGAAAUAGAAACAUUUAUUAAAGAAAAGGAUAUUAUUGAUACGGGUGAACAUGAAACUGUUCAAACACCACUACGACCAAAAACUAAAAAGAAAAGAAAAAAUAAACAACAACAGCAAGAAGCAAAAUCAACAACUUCAGAAACCGAUGAACAAAGUAAUGCAACACCGGAGCAAAAAAUUAAUUUUAAGGAAACAAUCAUAACAUGCCAUGAUAUAAAUAAACGUUUCGACAAUAUAGAACAAGAGUUUAAUUUAAAUAGCGUACAAUCAGCUACAAGACCUGAUGAUACUAAUUAUUAUGACGAUGAAGAUAAUAAUGAUGAUAACUCAACAAAAAUUGAAAAUGAUUCUGUACCAUGGAAUUUAGAUCCAUUUCAGAAAUAUCUGCUUGAACAAUUAAAAGAAAUAAGAAAAGAAUUAGUGGGAGUGAAAAAAGAUUUAGUGGUAGUGAAAAAAACAUUGAAAAACAGUGAUUUUAAAUGUGAUUUAAUGUAUGUUAGGUAG